AUGGCCACCGUGGAUGUUCAACAACCUGUCGUUCCACCAACACCCUCUGAUGUUGGCUUGAAAGAAACGUCCCAGCAAAAGACCGACGACAUCUUUCACGGACUGACCUCAAAAUGGCCCGUUGCUCUGGAUCUCGCAGGUGGAGGUGCACCUUGCCGUCUGGAGGGUGAAGUAGGCGAUUUGGUCGUCUUGGGCGAGAUUCCAAAAGAGCUAAAUGGUACUUUUUACCGCGUCAUGGCGGACCCAUUCGUCCCGCCCCAUCCCAACAAUGUUCCUCUUGAUGGAGACGGCCACAUUUCCGCCUUUCGAUUCCAUGAUGGAAGAGUGGAUAUGAAGUUGAAGUAUGUUGAGACGGAGCGCUAUUUGAUUGAACGCCGGGCCAACAAGGCCAUGUUUGGCCUUUACCGCAACCCUUAUACGCAUCACCCAUGUGUGCGCGCCGCAGUCGACUCAACAGCAAACACAAACCUUUUUUUCUGGGCAGGUCAUCUACUAGCACUCAAGGAAGGAGGCCUGCCUUACUCAGUAGAUCCCAACACCCUUGAGACUGGUGUAUAUGAUCCCUUUGGCCAAGUCAAGUCCAAAACAUUUACCGCGCAUCCCAAGGUGGACCCAUACACGGAUGAAUUGGUCGUCUUUGGCUAUGAAGCAAAGGGUCUUGCGACAAGAGAUAUUGUCGUGUAUACGCUAGACAAGGAGGGGAAGAAGAAGGACGAACAAUGGAUCCAGGGUCCUUGGGUUGCUUCCAUCCAUGAUUGCGCCAUCACUCCGAACUGGUUGAUUCUUGUGCUGUGGCCCUUUGAAGCCGAUGUCGAACGUAUGAAACGUGGCGGUCAACAUUGGGCAUGGAACUACGACCGCCCUGCAACUUUCGUCGUCAUACCGCGCAGAAAGAGCACCAAGCUCCCGCCUGGCUGGAAGCAAGGCGAGUGGAGGGUGUAUCCUUGGGAAAACUGCAUGCUCGUACACACUGCAGGAGCAUGGGAAGACGAAGACCACAAACUCUACAUCGAAACCUCUCGCGUUCACGACAAUGCAUUCCCCUUCUUCCCUUCCGAGGACGGAAGAAUGCCUGCGCCCGACGCAAAAGCAGAUUUCGUGCGUUGGGAACUUGACCUUACCAAGCCCACCGACACCCGCGUCCCCGAUCCUGAAGUCAUUGUGGAUGUCCCUUGCGAGUUCCCCCGCAUCGACGAGCGCUUCAACACCAAACCCUACCGCUACAUCUUCCUCGACGCCUUCAUGCCCUCGCGCUCCGACGGCGGCAAAAACAUUUUCCACGGCCUCAACGCCCUCGCCAUGAAAGACACCCAGACAGGCCACAUGCGCUUCUUCUACGCCGGCGACGGCUCCUUGGUCCAGGAGCCGGCCUUUAUCCCCCGCUCCGACGAUGCGCCCGAGGGUGACGGCUGGAUCGUGGCCAUGGUGGAGCGGCGAGAGACGAACAAGAACGACAUUGUAGUGAUUGAUACGCGCGAAUUUGAGAGGCCCGUCGCCAUUGUACAGUUGCCGAUUCAUCUCAAGGCGCAGGUGCAUGGGAAUUGGGUUGAUGCCGAGGGCUUGAAGGAAAAGAAGAGUUUGGUGAGGGAACCGAGGGUCGUCAAGAUUAGUGGGAAGGGGGCUUUGGAGCCGCUUGAGUAG